ACAAAAAAUUUAUAUUACUACUAAUAUAAAUCCUUAUCAAAAUUAUGGGACAACAUAAUGGAUUCUGUACAACCUAGCGAUUAACAACAAAUUUUAACAAUGUGAACCAUGGAUGAAUCCAUUGCAACAAAAACAGUGAUAUAAACCUAUAUACAUAGAAGCUCAUACUUGAAGAUGGCAAAAUAAACAUUGCAACUGCAAAAAAAAACUAUUCAACAAUGAGCACACUAUUCUUUAAAUUUUAAUAUUAAAUAAUCAAAAAUAGCUAAAGUUUCAAAAAUACGCAAUAGAUUCGAGAUGCAUAAAAUUCAGUCGAUCAAUAACUAUUCUAAUUAUAAAAAUAAAGACAAAAUUCACAAAAUUAAAUACAUAGACGAUAUGAUACAAGAUUUGGAAAACUAUGGACCAGCUGGUUUAAUACACAUUGCCAUUCUGAGUAACAUACUUGAAAGACCUAUUAAAAUAUGGAAUACUAAUGGUAGUUUAAAUAAGAUCAUUGGCAGAAAAAAACCGGGACAGUCUAUAGAUAUCGAAUAUCAUGCAAACGAUUCAGAACAAAUUGGCCACUGGACUCUACGAGGUGGCAAGGAUCCUGACAACGUCAUUAUUCAUUUAAAUAGCUGCCUUUUUUCGGUGAUCGGUUCUCAAAUCGGGCAAGAUCCAUUACAACUUCGUAGGUGGACUAUAGUAAAACUAAAAGACAACUUUCAAAAUUUGAUCAAAUGGCUAGAUAAAAUUCUCCAGUGGGAUGGGGAUGCAGGAGUAUUUCUUAUGAUUGGCGGAGCUAGAUACAGUAGAGAAGGAACGUCUGAAAAUGACGCUAAAAGGAUUCUGGAUGAUUCGGAAAACAACCCGAGUCAUCAAAAUGGCAGUAGAGGCCAUUCUCGAGAGCGUCAUGUCGUAGAUGAAGGCAAAGGUGUCCAGGUUUAUACAGCAAUGGUAAAAUGUGAGACAAAACACGCUUUCGUGUCACGAGAGGACCAAAACUAUGCCAUCCAUAGGGCAUUAAUUUCAGUUUCGGGACAACAAGCCCUAGAAGAACUCAAUAGAGGAGCGAUACAGGUAAAGAGAAAUAUAGGAAUUAAUGAACUUAAAGAAGAGAAUCGCCCAUUUCCCAAAGCAAGCAUAUGGUACAAUGGAAAAGAAAAAGUAGGACCACGUGACAUCACAUCCGUGACAAUAAUAUUAAGGCACAAAAGAGAUAAAUAUUACGACCAGAAUGCAGAGCCAUUUGUAUUAACCGCUUUUCCGUACAUGAAUGAUUACAUCAAUUUUUGUAGAGAAGAAGCUGCGCUCGCUGGGUAGCUUUAACAAUAAAAUUAUUAAAACUG